GAGGCGCAGCCGUGAAAAAGGGACGACGACUUGGAGCCUAGAAAGUACACUGGUGGAUUGGAUUUUUUUUUUUUGUGUCUCUAUUAAAGGGCACUGUGGCCAUUUUUUUCCGACCUCUUCCGCGCAGCGAUACUGGAAAUAAAACUGGGAGCUAAAAGUAAUGAAGGGAUGCUUCAGUCGCUGUAACGCAGCGGACUAACGGGAAGAGGAAUGCACUUCAUCCUGUGGGACUUGUCAGGGCGUCCAGCUGCAUUACCUGUGUGUGCAUGGAUUACAACAGCAUAUAAACGUCAAGGGCAUAACCCUUUAUGGGCCGUUUUGGACUAAAGUAGCAUAUCCCACAUCUCUGCGCCCCCUGUCCAAUGAAAGAUACUCCCUCAGAGCCAGUCUUUACGCAUCAACUUAACAAGCGGACCCAGCGUACGGACACCAGCGACGGUAAAAACUCUCGUCCCGGUGCUGUGGUGUCUUUGUUGACCCCUCUGGACCCCAUCCGGCAGGCAAAACGUCUUCCCAUCCGCGUUAUCAAGAUGUUGACUGCGCACACAAGCCACUUGCUGCACCCGGAGUACUUACAGCCUCUGACGUCCGCCCCGGUCAGCAUUGAGCUGGAUGCCAAAAAGAGUCCACUGGCCCUGCUGGCGCAGACCUGCUCUCAGAUUGGUAAACCAGACCCUCCGUCCUCCUCGAAACUCGGCUCAGUGUCCUCCAGCAGCCAAGGGGACAAGGAGUCGAGCAGCCGAUCGUCCAUCUCGAGCCUGAAGCUUGGGGAACACCGCCCCUCCCUGGAGGACAAGUCGAGCUUCAAGCCCUACAACAAAGGGGGUGGAGAGUGUCGCAGAGACGGGGUCACCAGCAGCAGCAGCUCCACCGGCAGCAGCGAUAAAGCCGGGUUCAGGGUACCCAGCAACAACAUUAGCACUAAUGGGAAUUCGACUAACAGCCAGCAGUCAUUUCCACCCCACGCCGUCUCACCCAUCUCUAGCGCAGGCAGCGGCACCCCACCGGGACACACACAGCAGCCACUGCAGCAGCCUCACAAACAGAGCCAGUCUCCCGGUGGACAGCAGACAUCUCACUCUCACACUCCAAAUGGAGAAACCACACAUGAGCAGGGCAGUCCCACCAGCACAAGCAGCGUCCACAGCAAUAGCAGCCAUGUCAAAAAAGAUGCUGAAGUAAACAAGGCAAACUUGGACAGUCCACACCUUGCAAACUCCUGUCAUGCUCGAGCCAGCACAAACUGCAGUAAUGGCAGCUCUGAAAGUGGCUCCAACCAUGAGGGGGGGAAGGGAGAGUCCCAGCCCAGCCAGCCUAGCCUUGGCCCUGGGCACAUAACACCCAUCUCUCCUUACAAGACAAACCAAUCCCUCUUCACCCUGCCCUCCUCUACAAUGGGGUACCAUGGAUCUGUAGUGGGGGCCUAUGCGGGCUACCCGUCCCAGUUUGUACCAGGACUGGAUCAUACCAAGUCAACCCUCGGUGUUGGAAGCUUGGGAGUUCCAGGGAAGCACCCUAGCUCCAGCCCACUCACCGGCGCCUCCCCUCCCUCCUUCAUGCAAGGUUUGUGUCGGGACCCGUACUGUUUAAGCUACCCCAACAUAUCCCACCUUGGUGGAAGCAACUGCAGUUCCUGUAUCCAUGACCCUUCCUCCACCCUCAAAUCUAGCUUCCCAUUGGUGUAUCCCUCCCACCCCCUCGCCUCACUCCAUCCCAGCUCUCUGUCAUCCAGUGUGACCUCUUCCCUCUCCCACCCCCUCUACACGUACGGCUUCAUGCUUCCCAACGACCCCCUGCCUCAUGCGUGUAACUGGGUCUCAGCUGGGGGGCCGUGUGACAAACGGUUUGCCACCUCAGAUGAGCUCUUGGCUCACCUUCGCACGCACACGGCCCUGCCUGGAGGAAUGGACGCCAAGUUGCUCUCCGCCUGCCCCACGGUUUCCUCCUCUGGGCCAGCCUCCUGUCACCUACACCUGCCCCACCAGAGCAGUCCAGGCUCCAUGCCCAGCUCCUUCUCUCUUAGGGCUCCCCCGAGCCUGGGUUUAGCUCGCUACCACCCCUAUAGCAAGGUCCAUCUGCCCCCGGGACCAGCCUCCAUCCCGCUGCACUCUCUGCCCGCCACAGCUCCAUACUAUCCUCACUAUGCUCUCUACAGUCAAAGACUGGGUUCUGCCUCUGCUCUGGGCUAUCAGUGAUACACACACCAUCUACUUCUAUAUUUAAGUUUCUUAAAUACAUUUCAACUUGCUGCUGCUUCUCUCCAAAGACAGUGGAUUCAAUUGGAACUAAUGUAGUAGCUCGAGUCCUGGAUUUGGGAGCAUCUUCACACCUCCCAGUGUUAUCCAUUAGAGCUGAUGGUCCUAACCUUGCUGAAGUCUAUUCCAAGAGGUCAGAGGGUCGAUGUGCCUCCUGCAUGUCCGCACAUUGCUUGGAUACUAUCCCCAGUGAAAAACGGACAGGACUGCUCAGACGUAGCGCUGCAGGCCGGGCAGAAUCGCAGUGGGAUGCUUUGUAAAAGGUCCUGGAUGCCUGGGGUUCACGCUGCGAGUAAUGAUUCAGUGCAGAAAAAGGCGAUGUGACAGGGAUGGCAAUAACUUCAGCCGUGUAGCGAAGUGCUGUGUGGAAGUCUGAGCGCAGUCACUUUCACAGUCGCCCACAAGAGAUGCAUGUCAGCUUGACACAGCGUACACAUUUAUCUUCUUUUUUUUUUUUUCCAGCCUCAUGGUUUGACAUUUGUUUUUCUUUACAUUUUUUUCCUACUGAAAAUUAAUUUGUAUUUAUUUUGUACUGAGCACCUGGCUUUCACGUUUCUUUCUUCCUUUUACAACGCUAUACAAAGAUCUUCAGAAAGCCACAUAACAAUUGUUGAAUAUGUUGUGUUGUACCAUUUUUCUUUUUGAGAAUGAAUGUUAAAAUCACAUCUCUUAAUGUUUUUUUUUUUUUUUUUUUUAAAUUUGUACAGCAAAUAAUGAAUAUCGAGAUGUGAUAUUUUUUUGUAAAAUACUCUAGUGGAACACCUGAUGGUGAUAUCCAGUUAAAGGGGAGGUCAU